AGAAAUUUUUUUAUUCGUUCCUUCCUGCCUACGAUCGUGUCUCGUCAGUCGUCACCGUUUCCUCAAAUUAAAAAAACUCGUAAAACACAACUCCAUCGUCAAAAUCACCACCAUCACCACCACCACCACCAAGAUCUCCGCCGCCGCCACUUUUCUUCGCAUCAAUCAAACCUAACCGAAAACAAGAAUGCGUCUUCCCUUCCUCCAAAUCCCUCUGAAACUCCAGGUUUAGUUUCCUCUCACACUGACACUAUGUGGAGGAGGAGAUUCCCAGAGGCGCAGAUCCGGAUCGUCGAUUCAUCGAUGUCUGAGUCACCUUCGUCAUCUUCGAUCCUGGCCGUUGAUGCGGAUCUGAGGUCGGACGACUGCGAUAGGUUCUUCUGGUACGACAGCUUCCUUGUCGUUUUGUCGGUUCUAUUUGUUCUGUACCUGGCCCUGCAAGCAAGGAAGAACCUCAAGAGGCUUGCUAAUGGAGGCUCGUAUGUUGUGAUUUCCUAUUAUGCCCUCCUUUGGUUCGUUACCCUCUUAAAUCUCGCUUGGUCGUUUUUUCAGGCAUGGCAGUGCUCUCCUGGAAAGGAGGUUGCAUGGAAUUUCCUGUCGUUAUUUACAACAGCUGGUAUGCUGUGUUUGGAGAUAAGCUUGAUGGCUUUCUUACUCAAGGACAACUGCAUGAAUAGCAUGGAAACUCUAGCACGCACUUUCCUUGUAUCGGGAAUUGUUGUCCUAGUGGAUGCCCUGCUUAAGACAAUAUAUGUAUUUGGAUUUUCGGUCCCAUUGUUCAAUCGCAAUGUUGGAAGCACUCAUACAGUUAAGUGGAGUUUGUGGAUAAUACAUAAAUUAUUGCUUGCUAUGGCAUAUGGCUUCAUCUUAUUUGUACAUUUCUCCAAACGGAGGGAGAAGCUGCCUCCCAGGCCAGCUUUCCACAACUAUGUUGUUGUAAUGUUUGUCUUCAGUGCAAUUGCCCUGUUUUCUUGCGGGCUAGCAGGACUUGGCAUGAGUCUUGGCAACUGGUUGUAUGAUCUCACUGUGCUUUGUUACCACUCUCUAUAUCUUCCAUUUCUCUAUGCAACUUUUCUGGCAGAUUUUUUCCAGGAGGAAGACUUUCUUUUGGAUAACGCAUAUUACUCUGAAAUGAAGGAUGCUGGGUUCUUUGAUGCUGACUUGGAAUAAUUCCUCAACAACUAAUAAAUGGGUUGAACAAGCAUCUUUUGUUCUUUGUAAUGUAAAUAUUUGGAGAUUCUAACUAUUUUUAUGGCAUGAAUUUCUUAACAAAGUGAAGUUGAACUAUGCUGAAUGCUCCCACGGCACCUUCCUUAGUGGGGGAUCAAACCAUUGGUCCACAAUUUGCUC